CCUUCCUAAAGCAGCAGAGGCUUGCUGCUGUCUUUCUCCGCAGCAGAGUGGAGACUCGAGUUCGGCCAGAGAGGGUUCAACACGAGAGAGGAGGGUCAAAGCAUAAAAUAACGUUACAGACCGCAAUGGGGAACGAGCUGAACCGCGGAGAAAAGAGAACGGUCGCUUAAUUUGCCUGUGUUAUGAACGAUAUCCUGGAGAAACACGACAGUUCAGGGUCGCAACGGUCCGCGGCAGUGAUUUCAUAUCAAAAACGUUAACGACCAACGGUCGGAAGUACCUGAAUACCUGCAGCGUGUUCCGCUCUAACGUUAGCCUCGACUCUGUGACAUUGAGACACAGAGAGGGGGGAUAGGGAGACUACAAGACGGGACAGGAGAAAGUUUUUCAAGCUUGGCGCAGACACAGCGGUUAAACAAUGCGGUUGACCCCGACAAAGUCUCUUUCAUCGGCAGCCCUGCUAAUCCUGCUGGUUGCCCGCUGGUCCGACAGCAUUUCGUUGUCUCCCCAAGAGGCGAACCAGUUUCUGAGCAGACACAGGAGAGCAAAUACAAUGUUCGAGGAGACGAAGCAAGGACACUUGGAGAGGGAGUGUGUGGAGGAAAAGUGCACCAAAGAGGAGGCAAGAGAAGUGUUUGAAAACGAUCCUGAGACGGACUACUUCUAUCCCAAGUAUUUGGCUUGUGUGGAGAAGUUUGGAGAUGCUGAAAUAAAGAAACAGGAUCUGAUUACAUGUGUUCACAAUAUUCCAGACCAGUGCUCUCCUUCUCCCUGUAUUGCCAGAGGUACGGUGCGCUGUGAGGACAAAAAGGGCGACUUCCUCUGUCACUGUUUCACAGGCUGGCAAGGAGCUACAUGUGACAAAGAUGUCAACGAGUGCAGCAAGAGAAAUGGAGGGUGUGACCACGAGUGCAACAACACUAUGGGCAGUUACCGCUGCUCCUGUCACCAAGGCUACAUGUUGGUAGGACGCCACAUGUGUUACGAUGUGGAUGAAUGUGAGGAUCCAGGUGUGUGUGGAACAGCACGGUGUGAGAAUAAGGAGGGCAGCUACGAUUGCUUGUGUGAUGUCGGCUAUGUCUACGACAAUGAAACCAAGAGCUGCGUUGAUGUGGAUGAGUGUGAGGCGGGUGUGUGUGCAGAGGAGUGUCUGAACACUCCAGGGAGUUUCCGUUGCUUCUGCGAUGGUCGUCAGGGCAUGAAGCUGGGCCAGGACCUCAGGAGCUGUAAGCCUAUAACUCCCUGUAUGUCGCCGUCUCUGAAGAGGAACUCUCGUUCGCUCUACCUGGGCCGCAUGUUCAGCGGCGUGCCAGUGGUGAGGCUGCGUUUCCGCCGGAGGAUUCAAACUGGGUUUUCUGCCGAGUUUGACUUCCGCACCUACGACCACGAGGGGGUGAUCUUCUUUGCUGGAGGUCACCUCAACAGCUCCUGGAUCGUGCUGGCAAUGCACCAUGGGAAGCUGGAGCUGCAGCUGAAGUACGGCACAGUCAGCAGGGUCACUAGCAGCGGACCCAUCGUCAGUGACGGCCAGUGGAGAAAGAUCUCGGUGGAGGAGCAGGGGCGGAGUCUAGUGAUUAAGAUUGACAGGGAGGCCGUCAUGAAGAUUGCGGUAAACGGUGAUCUGUUUACGCUACAGAAGGGCAUGCACGAACUCAACCUCACCGUGGGAGGAGUCCCUUUCAGAGAGGACGGCCUCAUCAAUCAGGUGAACCCGCGUCUGGACGGCUGUAUGAAGGAGUGGAGGUGGUUAACGGGCGAAGAUACGUCCAUACAAGAAACUAUUCGGUCCAAUGACAACAUGCAGUGUUUCAGCGCCGAGGAUCCUGGAGCGUAUUACCCCGGCACAGGCUUCGCUCUCUUCAACAUCAGCUACGAAUCACAGAACCUGAGCGUACAGUUGACCCUGCGUCCAACUUCUGCGAUCGGACUGCUGUUUGCACUCGUUCACCAGGACAGAGUCCCUCUCUCCAUCGCUCUGGCAGACUAUCAUCCCGGCACUGAUGAAUGGCGGGAUUUUGUUCUGGUAUCUGUCGGUGAUGUCAUCACUGCCAUCUCUCCCGCCCCCCUGUGUGACGGUGAGAGUCAUGAAAUCCAGGUGACCAUCUCAGGCAACCAAACCCUGCUGCUGGUCGACGGCCAGUCUGGGCGUAGUGAAGACACAGAAAUCCCCUUUGACGUCCUGUCACAGUCCAGCACCUUUAUUGGAGGCCUCCCUGAUGUUCCUCUGGUGUCCACGCUGGUGUCGGCGCCCUACAGGGGCUGUAUGGAGGUCAGUGUUAACGGACAGUCUCUGGACUUGGACCAGGCCAUCCACAAACACAACGACAUCCGCUCACACUCCUGCCCCCUGCUGGACUCUCACCAGUGACCAGCGCACUAGUCUGCCAAAACUGAUCCAUGAGCAGUUCAUUGAGGCAAUAAGGAUUAUUUCCAAUAUAUUUAUAAAAGCUUUGACCAAUGGAGAUACGUUUUAGAUUGGAAUGUUUAAAAAACAAACAGCUGGACCAGGUGUCGUGGUUCAGCUGGAGCCUUAGCCCAGGAUCACCCUGCCCUUUUACUGUGAUGACACUGCUGCCUAGAGGCAUUUGCAGGGAUUUUCACAGUAUUCUCAGUAUAAUGACUCAUUAAGACAGUUGGUCAGGCAAUGAGCAAUGUCCCCUGUACUUGGCAAAAGAUAUGGGAAUACAUGCUGCACAACAUUGCCUCAAAAACUGCCCACAGGGCCUUAUUUAGAUCAAUAUCAAAUUUUUGGCCUUGGGUCAGCCUGCUACGCCUGGCAUCCUGUGCUUAAAUGCAGAUCUGACUGGAACUUGGUAGGCAGCGUGACUCUUUUCUGCAGCAACACAGCUGCUAGAGCUGUGGUCAUGUUGCUUACAUCCAGUUCACCUAUGGCCCGUGCCCACUACGCUUGAAAUAAUCAAGUGCUCAUGUAGAAUCUGAUCAACUGAAAAUAUGGGGACCAGAUAAAUAGUCCUUCAUCAGCUACCCUACUCAGAGAAAAUGUGUGAAUAGGUGCUCAGAUCUUCAUGAGUGUUUGGUGCAUAAUGACUUCAUGGCUCGAUUGGGGACUAAAUCAAUCUUAUUUGCUCCUAAAAAGAUGCAUCAACAUCCGUCACCACAGCAGGGGUGGCAUGGUGUUAGGCACAACUUUGUGUUCUGUUGAAAACCUCGCACAUUGUUGCAGGUAGCAGUGGACUGCGUGUGCGCGUGACGCCAUUUUCUUGAUUCCCUCUGGACUAAAAGCAGCACUCCAUGUCUGCCUGCAACCUUAAAAAUCAACCAUGUGCCUAAAAAGAACAACCAACCCAAACUUUACAAUAGCUUCCCUCGAAAACCGGGGAAUCAUUUCACAAAGGUGCAGUACUGUAACACACAAACAAAACUAAUGCUUAAUGAAAUGUUGUACUCAUUGCAGUUAAUACACUAUGCAUUACCACCUGUGCAUUUUAGAGUGUUACCGUCUUUUAAAGAACAGACUGACACCCUGAUUCCCAAUAAUCUUCAAUCACUAACUUUGUCACAAAGGCCCCUUCUUUCCCUUAGAAUCACCCAGUCACAUUUAAUACCUGCCAUAUACCGACCUGAGGAUGAUAGAUUAGACUCAGAAGCACAGGGAGACAGGAAGGGGCCCUCUCCUUGAAGGAGAGAGAGUGAGCACUGCAUCAAACGCACCACACAAGCUACUGAGAGUAAAAAGAGUGCGCUGUAAUAUACUGAAUAUGUAAAUAAUGUGACUGUACAAUGCUUUAUAGAAGACAGAAAACAAAAACUACCUUUUGCUCACUGAGGUUUUCUGCACAUUUAAGUUGAUCCAAAGUCAAAAUGUAAUGUGAGUCUCUCGACUUCAUCUGUUUCCUAAAAGGUUUUGAGCGACAAAUACACAAGUAUGAGAGCAAAGUAUCAUAAAUCUUUAGGGACUCUGUUUUUUUUAAUAUGAUUUUAUAGGUGCUGAGCAAAUCAAAACACAAUAAAAAAAAACAAAGAAUGUCAGGAGCAUUGUGACUGAGAAUGCCAAAAGGGCUCCAGUUUUAUUUUACCUUCCUCUGUAAUGUAUCAUUUUCUAGUUUUCUGAUGAAUGAAUGCCAGAAUAUAGUGCUUGACGAGUUAUUGUUUUGUUUUUUUUAUCAUGUGUUGUAUAUUGAACUUGUCUUUAGUUUUCAUUUUUCACUUUAACUGCCAGUAUGUGUACAAUGCUGAGAGGAGUCUGCCUUUUGAGUUUUUACAGUGAAAAUCCUAUUUAAAAAUAAAAGCAGUUGUAUGAACAUUAUAGAGUAAAAUUGUAUUUUCAAAAAACA